CAGCGUCUCCUUGUGGGCAUCUGCGGCCGACCUGCCAGCGGCAAGACCACGUUCGCCUCUCUCCUUACCAAGGCGGUCAACCAUCUCUACCUAGCACAUCACCGCAGACAUCCGCGAGAGUCCACCUCGAUAACGGAUGAUGCCGCAACACGCACGAACCCCGACAUUGCCCUCUGCAUCCCGCAGGACGGCUUCCACCACACACGAGCGAUGCUUGAUACGUUUCCUGACGUAAAGGAAGCGUAUGACCGACGGGGGGCUGCAUUCACAUUCGACGACGUGGGCUACUACGACCUCGUCUCCAAACUACGCCAACCCAUACUAACGGGUCCUCACUCAGAACCGGUCAUCAUCACCGCGCCCUCUUUCGACCAUGCGGCUAAAGAUCCUGUGAUGAACAGCAUCAUCGUACCUCCAACAGCCAGAAUCAUUAUUCUCGAGGGUUUGUAUACGUUCCUGGGAAUUGAUGGGUGGAAGAACGCGAGUGCGCUACUAGACGAAAGAUGGUUCGUAGAAGCGGAUUCCAAGAUGGCCACGGCACGAAUACUCUUGCGACAUGUUGCUACAGGUGUGGCGAAGGAUAUGGAUGAGGCCGUCUGGCGUGCGGAGAAUAACGAUAUGCCCAACGGAGAUUUCCUCGAGGCGAACAUGAUGGCUCCAACGCGUAUCAUCAAAAGCGUGCAUGAUCCAGGCUUAUCAACACUGCCAUUGGGUGACUGA